UGCUGAGCCAGGAUGGGUUUUGCCGAAGACAAAGUGUACGACUACAUCUUGAAAAACCUCAACAAUUUCAAGAACAUCCGUGUGGCAUCGCUGGCCGAUUCCCUGAGCUGCCUGACCGAUGCCGACAGAGAUGAACUUCACACCCGGGAGGAAACGCGGGGCAGCCAGGCGACCGUCUAUAGGUUUUACCAGCACCUGAAGUGCCGGCAGGGCUGGGUGCCGGAUCUUAUCGAGGCGCUGCGCCAGAACAACGCCGGGCACCUGGCUGACGAGCUGCAGCACGUAUAUGACUCCUGGCAAGCCUGUCCCCCAGCUCCUGCCGCUGGCUCCUUCCCCCCCUCCGCCAACGGCGGGGACGGGCUGAGCCACCGGCAGCACCCGGUGUGUGUGGACAACGGGUGUUUUGGCAACGCCAAUCACCUGCACCGUGGCGCACCGGGCUUCGGUCUGGGCAGGUCUCUUCCGCCGAGGGAUGCGGGCAGUGCUCGCAGCCCCGAGCAGCCUAGGAGAGAGCCCGAAGAGGAUUUCUAUGUCUCCACUGAGUUGCCCACGAGGCUGGAGGAAACCGCUCGCAGUGGGGGGACGCAGCCCCCCGACUCGCCACCGAAAAAACAGGCUGUGCCCGGCUCCGAGGACAGCGAGCCCCCGGGCAGCUACGUGGAUGUGCGCAGCCCCCUCCUCAUACAGCAGCAGUUCGAUGCGGAGCAGAAGCGGGCCGGGAUGGUGCGAGAGGGCAGAGGAGAUAGAGGUGGGUUUCCUUCUCGGCAGGUCUGUGCAGGCAGCCUGCUGACGGGGAGCAGGGUUGACGGAUGCCUGUCCUGCUUGAUG